UGGGUGGGACUUGGGGGGCUGUGCCCCGCUAGCUGCUCUUCCGUGGGCAGAGGGCAGGGGUGGGGCGAAGCCCCUCCCAGGAUCGGACUGUCCGGAUGCCUUUUCUGCCCCACCCUUGUCCAGACAAAAAUACCGGGCCUGGCCACUGCUGGCCAGUUUUCCCGGGGGCCCUGGCCACGGCCUUGGUGGCUAGCAGGCUGGGGCAGGGUUCUGCCUGUCCGCGGGAGCCAGGCCAGUAACCUGUUACCUGUCCUGCAGCCCAGCGCAGGAGCUUCCGUCCACCUGUCCCAGUCCCAGAGGUGUGGUUCCCGCCGGCGGGCGUGUGCUCUGGGCCUCCGAUCCUUCCCCGCCAGCCCCAGGAUGGGCGAGUUCAGCGAGAAGAAGGCCACGUGUGGCACCGUCUGCCUCAAGUACCUGCUCUUCACCUACAACUGCUGCUUCUGGCUGGCCGGCCUGGCCGUCAUGGCCGUGGGGGUCUGGACGCUGGCCCUCAAGAGUGACUACAUCAGCCUGCUGGCCUCCAGCACCUACCUGGCCACGGCCUACAUCCUGGUGGUGGCCGGCGUCGUGGUCAUGGUCACGGGCGUGCUUGGCUGCUGCGCCACCUUCAAGGAGCGGAGGAACCUGCUGCGCCUGUACUUCAUCUUGCUGCUGCUCAUCUUCCUGCUGGAGAUCAUCGCCGGCAUCCUGGCCUACGUCUACUACCAGCAGCUGAACGCAGAGCUGAAGGAGACCCUCAAGGGCACCAUGACCAGGCAGUACCGGCAGCCAGGCCACGAGGGAGUGACCAGCGCGGUGGACAAGCUGCAGCAGGAGUUCCACUGCUGCGGCAGCAACAGCUCGCGGGACUGGCGGGAGAGCGAGUGGAUCCGCUCGGGCGAGGCCGGGGGCCGCGUGGUCCCCGACAGCUGCUGCAAGACCGUGGUGCCUAACUGCGGGCAGCGGGACCACGCCUCCAACAUCUACAAGGUGGAGGGCGGCUGCAUCACCAAGCUGGAGACCUUCAUCCAGGAGCACCUGCGCGUCAUCGGCGCGGUGGGCGUGGGCAUCGCGUGUGUGCAGGUCUUCGGCAUGUUCUUCACCUGCUGCCUGUACCGGAGCCUGAAGCUCGAGCACUACUGAGGGGGCCUGGCUCCCCGCCUCGCGCUGCUGAGUGGACACUACUGACCCCGAGGGAGCCACGCCCCCGUCACGCCCACCGCACCGGCCACGCCCAUCACUGCUCAGCUGUCUGGGGGCUUGGGCUCCCUGCCUCCCACUACUGACCCCGAGGAAGCCACGCCCAGACCCCCACCGCACCGGCCACACCCCAGUGCCUUUCACUGCUCAGCUUUCUGCUUGGGGGGCCUGGGCUCCCGCCUCCCACUGCGGAGUGGAGACUACUGACCCGGAGUGGAGACUACUGAGGAAGCCACGCCCCUGCCCCCACCUGUGCCCGCCACACCCCAGAGGGCGGCCAAGUGCCUUUCACUGUACAGCUCUACCAGCGCCCCCUCCUGCAGGUCUUGGGGGACUCUUGGAUGCCUGUGUUGGGUCUGCCCAGCCCAGGCCCUGCAUGCUUGGUGGUCAGAGGCGGGGGGCCUGGCCGGGCCCUGGGCCCCUCCUCCGCCCCCUCCCCAGGAGGUCCCUGUGUGGGACUCACUGCUGUACCCCAGUCUGUCACGUGACAGGGGCUCAAUAAAGUUCGUGCACAGUGAA